AUGGCGUUCCCAAGCGCUGCGACAGCGCUCCCGUGGCCGUUAAUCCCAGUGCUCAUCCUCCUGGCCCUUGUCGUGAAAAGAAAGUAUUUCACCUCGCUCCGGGACAUCCCGGGCCCGUUCCUGGCGUCCGUCUCCAGCUUGUGGAAGAUCAAGCAGAUCAUUAGGGGCCACACGGAGGAGGAGAUGCUCGCCCUGCAUAUGAGACAUGGUGAUUUCGUGCGCAUUACAGAUAACGAAGUCAGUAUUGGCCAUCCAGAUGCCGUGAAACAUCUUCUGCACGCGAAGAUCGCAAAGGGAAGCUGGUAUGAAGUCUUCAGCAUCCCCGACUACCGGUUCGUAAGCCAAAUGUCCGAAACAGACCCGCAGCGACACAUUGAAAAGGGCAAGAACGUCGCGGCGGGAUACGCGCUGUCAAACAUCAUCAAGUCCGAGUCCUAUGUGGAUAAUAUCAUUUCUGAGCUUGAAUCCCAGCUCAAUCGGAUUAUUGAGUCAGGAGAUCGAGUCGCCCAUCUGGAUAAAUGGUUCAAUUACUUCGCGUUUGAUGUUGUUGGGGAGGUCACAUUCUCGCAGUCAUUCGGCUUCGUCAAGGCAGGGAAUGAUAUCGGCAGUGCCAUUGCGAAUGCACGCAAGCUAGCCCUGUAUGUCUCAAUCAUGGGGCAUUACGUGUGGUUCCACAAUCUCACAAUCGGAAACCCGUUGAUGAGCACACUGGGUCUGAUCCCGGCGUCUCACCUAUUCGAUACCUGCGUCGCCGCCAUUGACUCGCGCAAGAAGAACCCGGAGGCCAGAAAUGAUAUGAUGGAGCGGUGGCUGAAUAUUAGAAAUACCCAUCCAGAUCGUAUGACUGAUAAUGAUGUCUUCGCUGCUGCUGCGGCCAAUGUGGGAGCGGGCGCAGAGACUGUUAGUGCUUCAUUACAGGCGCUGGUGUAUUAUCUGCUGCGCAACCCGGUCUACCUGCAUCGUCUACGCGCUGAGCUCGACGAGGCACAGCAACGAGGCGAGCUCUCGCGGAUCGUGCAGUACGCGGAAGCGCAGAAUCUGCCGUAUCUACAGGCUUGUGUAAGUCUUCUAAACUGGGAUUGGCAGCGGUGUACUGAAGGGAGAGAACAGAUCAAAGAAGCGUAUCGCUACCACUCGUCCAUUGGGACUAACCUCCCUCGCGUCGCACCAAAGGGCGGACUCACAAUCCGGGGCCAAUACUUCCCCGAAGGCACCCUCCUGAGCGUGAACCUCUGGGUGAUCCACCGAAACCCCGACCUCUUCGGCGCAGACAGCAACGCCUUUAACCCGGAGCGGUGGCUUGAUAAGGAGCGCGCGAAGGGGAUGGAUUAUUUCCUUGUUCAUUGGGGCGCCGGAUACAACCAAUGCCCAGGCAGGAACCUGGCUCACUUCGAGAUCAGCAAGCUAGCUGCGACGCUGCUCCGGGAUUACGAGUUUGAGUUCGUCGAUGCGAAGAAGGAAUGGUCGUUCAAUAACCAUUUUAUCACGACGCCAUCGGACUGGCCUUGCCGAGCGCGGAGGCGCGUUUUGGCGAAGGUAUAG